AUGUUCUACGCCAACUUCGUGGUUAUGAUGAUAUAUCUUCCAAGCGCUCGAUACCACAGCGAGCUGCUCGGUCUUACUCCUGAAAAUGUAGGAGAAACAGUCAAGUCUGUGUUCAUUUUUGGUUAUCUCGAGUUCCUAUCCUUUGCGCUUCUCGCACUCAUGCUCUAUCGACGGUAUGGUCUGCAAGCUUUUUACCACCUUGCCUUCGUCUUAGAGACGCAGGUGGUACGCAUUCAAGGCAAGGUGAUCAUGUGGAUGCUACUUAUUCUAGCUUUUCGAGUAGAUCAUUUCGGUGUCGAUUUCACCUUGCAGUUCUCUUGGAUGGAAAACUCGUGA